UAUGGGGUUUCCAUGGAAAUAGGGGAACGCUGACUUCUCGCUCAGCAGACAGUAAGGUGUCAAACAAACAUUCAUCAGCUGUUUAGUGAAGUUUUAGCAAGCCAACAUGGGUAAGAAGAAGUCAUCAGAUGAAGACAAAACUACGUUGGCGGAGGCCUUUAUCAAUUUUCAGCUCCAAGUUAAGCGAAAGGAAAUACAUGAGUGCCAGGAGGAGGUCAGUCAACUCGAGACAAAGAAGCAAAGAUACACAGAAUUGAGGGAGCAGUUGAAAGAGGAGCAGUUGGGGCACAUCAAGGUCUUGCGGAAGCAGGCUAAAGAACAGGAGAGUAAGCUGGAGCAGAGAGAGGUGGUCAACAAAGAGCAGGUGGAGCAAGCUCUGCAGCAGAACAUGGAGCUAGUCCGCAGCCAGGAGAAAGAACUGGCAGAGCUGCGCGCUGAAGUCAUCCGCCUGGAGGAGGAAGUGCUCGUCUUGCAGGCUGAGAGGCACAUCAGGCAGGAGUAUAAGAUGGCCGGAAGCCAAGAGCACCAGCAGCAGAUCCAGCACCUGGAGGCUGAGCUGGCUCAGAUGCAGAAGGGGUUUCAGGAGAUGGCAGACAACAUUCAGCGCUCUCUUGAUGUAACUUUCAAUGAAAUUGACAAGAAGACAGUGCAUCUCAUAGAUGACAAAAAACAACUGGCUACAGAGAGGGCCAUCAAACACCUUGACAAGCACAGCCGACAGGAGAUCAAAGAGAAUGAGUGGCUGAAGAGAGAGCUUGCUAUUUACACAAGAGAGGUAUCCAUUACAGCAUUGGCCGUCCAACAACUGGAGGAGGAGAACCUUGAGCACAUGGGUCAACUGUUUGAGCGUCGCCUGGAGGACCUGCAAAUCUCUAGAAACGUCUUCCUGACUCAGGCGGCAGGCCUGGGACCCUCUGACUCCACAGUACAGGAGACCAUUAUGAAGAACGGGGUAAGCAGCAGCCCCGUACCUCCCCUCCACCCAGCAACAGAAGCAUGGCGGGCUCAAAAGCAGGCCAAAGAGUUGGAGAGGGAUGAAACAAGUGGCAGCUGCAGUGAGGCAGCCUACAGGCCAACAGAGGACCCCCUUCAGGACCUCAGUGUACUUCUGUACGGCAGCCAGACCUACCUGCAGCAGAGAGACAUGCACCUGGGCCCUCUGGAGAUUAAGCUGCUGACUGUGGUGGGCCAGGCUCUUCCCCUGCACCCUGUGCCAUCCGAGACCCCCGGCUCCAAAGGCUCCUCCUCAGCUCCAGAGAUGCUCCAGGCUCCCGAAGACUGGCCCCUCACUGCCCGCAUCAUCCACAAGAGGUUCAAGUAGCCAGGCCCAAGCACUAAUACACACACCUUUGUAAGUCUAGCAUUGGCCUCAUGUUGGGAUCAGACAUUACCAUUAAACCUGGAAUGAUACUACAAACUCAAGGGUCUAAGAAUAGAUUCUUACACAACAAUUAUGCCACAUGAUGCUUCACAGGUUUAAAGUAGCUCAGAGUAGAAGUAUUGAUCUAGGUUCUGUCCAUAUAAAUCUUAUUCAUUAAGAUCUAUAAACUGACGUUAAAAUGUGGUUACAGACCCAGGUUAUAACCCGGGGGAAUUAGUGAUUCACUCAUCUUACUCUUCGCCAAACCUUUACCUCAUUUAUACCCAAAUGGGUAUAACUCAAGAUACUCAAAUCACACAAACUCAAGAUACUGUUGCAAAACACUUUAUUGAAAAAAAGAAGAAAAAAUCUAAC